AUGUCCAUGCAUGAUUCCCACAUCAUGCAGGACAGCAGUGCAUCUUGGGCUCCUUUGAGUGGGACCGGAAAUAUGAUCCAGCGAGCGUGUUUGCCAUUGGGAACAAGUCAACCAAGAAGCAACCAAUCGUCCUCUACUACUGCCAUUGGCAGGCCCAGUGGCAUCAUCGUGCAGACUCCAUCCAAAGGAUUGCUUGACGAGCCCAUCAUGGCUGGUGUGCGCCGCCGGAGAUCAGAUUCCAUUGACGAAUAUGAUAUGACUCAGUCACUAUCACCUUCUCAGACAAAAAAACUCAAGCUGUAUGCAGAUGAAGUUGCCGAGAGGACUGGUUGCCCCCAGGAGGUUCUACACAAUUUCAUCGAUGCUGGAAGUGUUUUCCACAUGCUUAUUGACCUGAAAGCCAACUCAUUCAUAAGGAUUGAUGAGCAGGAAAAGGCCGCUCUUGUUGAUCUAAAAGAACUUAUAGAUUCCAAGGACUUCAGGUCUGCGCUUCAGAGCCGCUUGACGGCAUGUCUCCUGUCACCCAACCUCACUGUGUACGUUGACGACACCCAUAUGAACAUUAUGGAAUUCAUCAAGAAUCAUCAAGAGGUAUUCAAAAUACCAGCUGCGCUAAUCGACGAUGUGGAGCUUUUGGCACAGCUUUCCAAAAUCGUCAGUGAGUUGCUGUCUUCCAUUCGCGGCAACCUCAAGGGAAAGCGCAUGAGCAUCAUGGACACCGCCAAAUCGCUUGCUCACAGUAUAAUUGAGGUUGAUGCUGCUCAUUGGAACAGAUAUGCAUUUUUAUGGUGCUGCUUGCGCAUUUUCCUUAUUGGAAUCGGCAACUACAGAAGUAUCCCCCUUAAAGACCUUUACUCAACCUCACUUCUUCCCUCCCUUCAUCAAGACCUCCGCGUCAAAAUCUCGAAGGCACUCGAUUGUGACAUGGACUUGGAGGAACAAGACCCUGAAGGAGAUAUUGGAGCGACUGACGAUCAUGGCGAUGACUUCGGAGAGGGCGAGCACACCCUAAAAAAUAGAGAGGAAGGCAGUGGGUUUCGCGAGAACAGGGAGGAGGAGGAUGAGGAGGAAGAAGGAGAGGAAAAGACUGGCCAGCAAGAAUCCGAGGUCGAUGACGGCGGCUCUGGAUUCAGCAAAAGGAAAACCGGCAAGGGUCCCAAAUUUACCUCGACGAAAUUUUGGAAUUUCGUCGAUUGCUCACUCCAAGCUAUCCGCCAAGCUGCGCAGCAGGAGGCAGGCCCAAAUCAUAACAUGUCAGCCCAUGGCGCAUAUGAAAAUGCUGUGCGAAACAUACUCGUCGAAUAUUUCCAGAUGGACCUCGCCGAAUUUCCUGGUAGCAUGGUUGUUCCAAAGCUUCUCGCCACCACCAGUCCUCAAUGGCAGACUACUAUUCAGAACUCGCUACUUUGGAACUGA